CUUGUGAGUUUUGGGAUGUAGUGUCUCUUCAAGUUGAUUAAAUUUGAGUGGAAAGCUGCUAGCUGUGAUUGUAGAACCUGUUGAAGAUGAAGUUCAUGAAACUUGGAUCCAAGCCUGAUUCAUUUCAGACAGAUAGCAACAAUAUCUGGUAUGUGAAUUCUGAGUUGGCGACUGAUGUCAUCGUCAACGUUGGCGAUUCGAAGUUCUAUCUGCACAAGUUCCCUCUUUUGUCGAAGAGUGGUCGCUUACAGAAGUUGGUUGGAAGCAUAACCGAAGGGGAUGGGAACGAAGUCGACAUGCACGAAAUCCCAGGUGGUUCUUCUGCAUUCGAGAUAUGCGCCAAGUUCUGUUAUGGUAUGACGGUAACCUUAAACGCUUACAACGUUGUCUCAACAUAUUGUGCUGCUGAUUACCUCGAGAUGUACGAGACAAUCGACAAAGGAAAUCUCGUUUACAAGAUCAGUGUUUUCCUCAACUCGAGUAUUUUCCGAAGCUGGAAAGAUUCAAUCAUUGUACUUCAAACGACCAAAAAUAUGACGGCUUUGUCUCAGGAACCAAAGCUAGUCAACCUCUGCAUCAACUCCAUAGCUUCCAAGGCCUCGGUGGACGUCUCCAAGGUUGACUGGUCCUAUACUUACAACCGUAAAAAACUGCCUGAAGAAACCGCGAACGAGCAGACCUUAAAUGGCGGGAUUAGAAGUCGAAUGGUUCCAAAAGAUUGGUGGGUUGAGGACUUGGCUGAGCUUGAAAUAGGUUUAUACAAACAGGUUCUUGUGAGUAUUAAGAAUAAAGGGUUGGUAUGUAAUGAGGUAAUUGGGGAGGCAUUGAAAGCUUUCGCUUUACGAAGAUUGCCAGGGUUUAACAAGGGUAUUGUACACAGUGGUGACAUCUUGAAAGCGAGAUCGGUAGUAGACAUCAUUGCCUGGCUAUUGCCAUCAGAAAAAGGCAAUGUUUCAUGUGGGUUCUUGUUAAAACUGCUGAAAAUGGCGAUCUUGGUGGAUUCAGGAGAAACGGCGAAAAGGGAGUUGGUUAAAAGGAUCGGUCAACAACUGGAGGAGGCAUCUGUGCAAGAUCUUCUGAUUCAAGCCAAAGAAGGCGAGCCAGGAUGCAUGAUUUAUGAUGUGAAUAUGGUUCGGGAAAUAGUGAAGGAGUUCGUAGUUCAAGGUGAAAAUGGUGAAUUUGAAGAUGAAGAACAUGAGAUUCAAGAAACAGGAAGAACAACAGGAGGAGGGAUUUUAUCAGAAGCUUCAAAAUUGAUGGUUGCUAAACUAGUUGAUGCUUACCUUGCUGAAAUCUCAAAAGAUCCGAAUCUGCCAUUAGGGAUGUUUGUAGAUCUUGCAGAGAUGGUGUCUGGAGUCUCUAGACCUGCACACGAUGGGAUAUAUCGAGCCAUUGAUGUGUAUCUUAAGGCACACCCUGGGAUCAGUAAGAGUGAAAGGAAGAGAAUUUGCAGGCUGAUGGACUGCAAGAAGCUGUCCGUGGAUGCAUGUAUGCAUGCCGUUCAAAAUGAGCGGCUUCCGUUGCGUGUUGUGGUGCAAGUUCUUUUCUUCGAGCAAGCACGAGCUGCUGCAUCUUCUGGCAGCAGCACUCCUGAUCUUCCAAAAGCAAUGAAAGCUCUGAAUGUCUCCAAUGGCAAACCUGCAACAAACCCAGAAGAUGAUUGGGAUGGUGUUGCCACGGCUGAGGAGCUCAAAGCUUUGAAGGAGGAGCUGGCGGCCUUGAGAACACGACACCAUGGCCCUAAAAGCACUGUAUCGGAGAAAGCUUCGGUUCCUAGAGUAAAAGGGCUGCUUUCCACCAAGAAAAUAUUCUCAAAGAUUUGGUCGACCAAAAGUGGGAUCAGAGAGAACAGUGGGUCGGAUUCAUCGGAGAGUCUUGGUUCUGCUAAUCCUGAUGAAGCUAAAUCAACCCCUUCACGAAAAGGGAGGCACUCGGUGUCUUGAAGUUCCUCUCUUAUAAGCAUACCAUCAAACAUCUUUUGGGCAUCUUUAUACUUUCGAGCAAAAAGGAGAAUUGAAGCAUGUAUGUAGUAUCUAAAUACAGGAAAAAACAAGUGUAGUCUUUUGGGGGUUGGUCGGUCGGUCUAAGGUAGGUACUACUGGGUUUACUAUCAAAUUAUGUAAUCAAGUUAGGCAUAUGGGGAAAGAACCCUAGAAAUUUAUGAAUCCAACUGAAAUCAAAAU